AUGAGUAGCCACAAAUCUCACCUUCCGCUCCUCUACAACCCGUACAUCAACUGCAUCUUCAACAAUCCGAAUCAUGCUAGGCUGCCGUUCAAAAGCACCAUCGAUGAGUUGGCCAAGAGCCACCUCGACUACACCAUUUUGAUCCCACCGUCAUACAUCCUCCAGGAAUGGUACGACCCAGUAUCCACCAAGUACCCAUUGAAGGAGUUGUGCUACAGCAACGAGGACUUCAUCCGUUCGCACAUCAUCAAGACAUCUUCCACGUACUCCAUCUCGCCUGCCUCCAACACUAAAGUCCAGCUGGUGAUCUACAACACCAUCAACGGCAAGCAGAUCUUGAUCAAAAAUGGCAUGGUGUUCACCGGAAAGGGCUUCAAGCGGAGCCUCAAAUUGCAGAUCCUCUCCACGGGCUACAUACGAUCGUUCUGUGACUACUUCCCCAAGGGAAGCAGGUUCAUGGUGAUCUACAUCGAGGACACCCUCAUUGGAAGCUACCACCCGCAUGUCUCCCAGUACCAGCUUCUUGAAAACCCCCAGGAACCUCCCCCUUUGGUGCAUCCAAAAGUUUCCGAGCCACAACCCUCAAUUAACGAGUCCAUCACCUUCGAAAAGCUCCUCCGCACAUACCCGUUAUUGUCGAAAGCAGUCUCCGACAAGUUCUAUCGGUUGUUCCACCAUAACAACAGGCAGUUCCGCUUGUUGCACACUAACAAUCAGAAGCAAUUGAGUCAGAUCAAGUCUGAGUUCCAGGCCAUCUUGGAAGAAGCAUACAAAAUCAUCCUGGACAGUGUCAAGGUCGAGAAUCCAGAAAGCGAACAGACGUACAACUUGAUCAAUCAUAUUAUCGGAACAUAUCCUGGGCUCGACCUCAACCGCUUGGUCCAUGAAUAUGUCGAGCUAAACCUUUACGACAAAAUCUGGUCCCAGUUGAUGUUUCAAUUCAACUACCGGGAUCCAAACAAGAAAGAGUUUGACCCAGAUGCACAGAAGUUUUUGACAACUGAAAAAUAUCGCAAAUUGUCAUGUUUGGCAUUAAAUCAGCUUGAUAUUCCCAUUGAUAAACCGUGGGAAUUGAACGAGCUACAGCUCAGGGUGUUUAGAGCAAUCGAUGAGUUUUCGAAGCUUGCAGAUCCAGGACUCAUGAACCUGAACAACAAAACUAAGGUGAUAUUUCGUACUAUGGAAGUCCUCACGGUCGAAAUAGUUACCGAACCAACAACCAUUGAUGCAGACACUUUGAUUGGACUUAUCAUCAUGAUUAUCAUUCACUCCAAGAUUGAUAACAUAGAGGCACACUUGUACUACAUGAAGCAUUUUAAUUCCAUUGAUUAUACUAACGAUGGCCAUUUCAACUACAUCAUGAGCAACUUUGAUGCUGUAUUGUAUCUUUUGAGUCAUGAAGAUGGCGAUUUAGUGCAAUAUUCACAACAAAAUUUUGAUUUUUGGUCUACCAUACAGAAUGGUGAUUUGGACAAUCUAAAAUCGAUUCUAGAUUCAGUCCAAGAAGAGUAUCAGGAUACUCUUCCAGUUUCCCACUUUUUGAAAAGUAAGAACAUCAAGGGGGAGAGCUGUCUCAUGUUUGGGGUCAAGACUAAGAAGUUCGAAGUGUGGGACCUUCUUUUGAACUAUAAUCCGGCAUGGUUCACUAUUGAUGAUUUAUUGUUUGACAAGGACAUAGUGACUAAUCAGAAUCUAUUAAUGACAGCAUUGAUCGAAGAAUCGAAUGACAUAGCCUUGGACUUGGUCCAGCUACUUUUAUACAACACUUCAGAUGAAGAAAUGAGUCUCUAUCUCAACUCAAAAGAUACGACUGGAAGAUCAAUUGGACAUUAUCUUUUCCAUAACUACCAAAUAAUUCCAAUCAUCGGACACUUGAUAGAUUGGGAGCUUAAGGACUUGAAUCACCAUACACCUUUGUUCAGUAUUUGCCGAUGCUAUGACCAUUUACAUUAUGAUCUAAUGUUGAAAGAAGCAUUCGAUUGUGUUUAUGAGAAGUACGGCAAAGUGAACUUUGACGUUCACAAAGACAAAUUGUCCAACGGCUUAUUGCAUAUAGUGGCACGCAACUUGGAGGAAACGAGACUUCUCAGCAAUCCCGAUAAUUUGAUUGAUAUUAAUGAACUAAAUGGAAAGUUCAUUUCCCCCUUGGUUAAUUACGUUAAAUACAACAGGGCAGGAAAUCUCAAGGAUCUUCUUAAAGACCCAAGGCUCGACUUCUUAUUGGAGGAUACCAAGAACUUUUAUAACGUUUUUGACUAUGUGGGAAUGCUGGCAAUGAAAUCAAUAGGAAACAAGAGCGAGGAAUUCAAACAAAUUGAACAGCUCAUCUUGGAUUACUACGUCAAUAAUUUCUUCCCUAAUUCUGAAAACAGCAAACUUACUGCAUUGAAUGCCAAGUUUGGUUCCUCAAAGAAAGAGUGGCUUAUUUUCUUCAAGGACACAAAUGGGUAUUCCAACUAUAAAUCACUCGAAACCAUUAAGCAGUUCAUCUAUCUCACUAAAAUAAAGAACCCCUACUCAAUCUUUCCCGAAGAUGAAUUCUUCUGGCUCAAUUUUGGGGCAAAGAAGUCCACCACGCCGUUCUUCCAGAAGAAUCGUGUCAACAGAUUAAUCGAAAAAUUGAACAUGCUAUUUGUAUCGCUCGAAUAUCAAAAUAACGUGGAUCGAAAUGAGUUCUUUCAAAGUUUCUUGGUGCAAGAGUCUCAAGGCAGCCUGACCUUGGAGGCCAUUAGAGCCGUUCACGAGAAACGGAAGCUUGAGAUGGGCGACGUCAAGUUGGGCGAGGCCCAAAUUAAGGAAAUGGAAUUUUUCCUCGAGUACUCCGUCAAAGACCUCAGCUCAUACAAAGUAUUUGUUUCCCGAUUCAACAAGCUUUUGAUAUUCGCUGAGAUGAAGCAAUCUGACUUAAGAUACGUGCAAGACAAAGCGUUGGAAAAAUUGGCCCAUGGGGGCGAAGGAGACAGCCGCGAGAACUGCCACAAGGACUCGCUGUACGGAGUCUUGAACGACUUCUCAUCGUGGAUCGAGUUAUGUGUGGCCAGCCUCCUCAAGAACAUCUAUAAGGUGCUUGAGAAGAUCAGGCACUGGAAGGAGUUGUACAUGGGAAUCAAAGAGCUUAACAGUGAGAUCAAGAAGUAUGAGGCCAGUAUUCGGCCCGAACACGAGGAAGGUGAUGCAUCGAAUACCACGGGCCCUCCCACACCAUCGCGUCGCAACACUUUCACCAUCGACGACAUCCCUGAUGAGGCUGAUGACGAGUCGAUGACAUUCUUUAACCUCGGAGGCAUGAUCGAGAGUAAGCGUUCGCGCUACAAGAAGCUCGUGCUCAUCAAGGCCGACAAGAUCAAGCAGAUUAUGAAGCUCAAUGUGGACAUCAAAUGGGACCACGAGGCGCUUGCAUCGGAGAUUUCGACGUUGUUGAAGUUCAAGUCGAACUUCAUGCGGUUUGCCGUGAAGCGGUUCACGGCGGAAGAGAUCCAGCGGCUCCACCACCGCAACUACCAGUUGCAGAAGGUCUUACAGAAUGUCACGCCGUGA